AGAGGAGACAAUGAUGUACGAGCGGUGUUUAAUGAACCGCUGGAUGAUUCAUUGUCCACGUUGAGCUUCCCAUCACAGGUCAAUCACAUCUAUUUCGGUUACUCAACGUUCAAUCUUCCGAUUGAGCCUGGGGACAUCCAGCACAGCAUCACUCGUUUAUCAUUGAGUAUGCGAUUCAAUCAUCCUCUAAAGAUUGGUUCGAUACCAAACUCGGUCACAACACUACAUAUUGGUCGAUCGUACAAUCAUCCCUUGGAGCAUGGUAUCAUCCCAGACUCUGUAACCGAUCUUGUUUUGGGCACUCACUUUGACCAUCCAAUCAAGCGCGGCGACCUGCCCUCAUCACUCAAGAUCCUCAACGUUGGCGGACUCAAUCAUAUCCUCACACCAGGCGCACUCCCGUCGUCCCUUUUGGACAUUACAUUCGUCAGGUACACGCACCGCCUGGUACAUGGAACCCUCCCAGCCUCUUUGACAAUGGUGAGGCUUGCUCCUUACUACGCUCAUGUCAUCGAGCCCGGUGAUCUCUCACCAAGUCUUAGGACACUCAGAGUUGGAGAUGGCUACAACUUUGGGUUCAUACCGUGUGGGCUCCCUGGCACGCUGACGAGGCUCAAGCUGGGCUUCACGUACAAACAAUCACUGACAAAAGGUGCACUUCCAAACACGCUCAUUGCACUCAACUUGGGAUAUUCGUACAAUUUUAAGUUGGAAAUAGGACAUCUGCCGCCAUCCCUUCGACGACUAAAGUUGGGACCAUCAUUCAACCAACAGAUUCAUUCAGGUGAACUGCCUCCAUCACUCAAUCAAUUGUCCAUUGGUAUUUCCUUUCUUCAACAAUUGAGCAGUGACGUGAUGCCAUCAUCACUCACUUCACUCAGAGUAGACAACCUCCAGUUUCUUGAUCUUACGGCGCCGUGCACAUUCGAUCACUGUAAUAUACAACAAUUGAUACUAGACUUUGAUAGUUCAUCCGACAGAUUCAUCAUUCCUCGCAAUGCCCAGUUUGGUGGUCAUGUAAGCCGACUGAUCUUGGAGAGAUAUCCAUUCUACGCGCCCGAGCCCGAUGUCUUUAGACAGUUCAUCAGCUCAGGCAUACAAUCAAUGCAUUUUGGCAAUGGAUUGGUUCAUAAGAUUGACAAUGAUGGCAACAAUAUUCUGAUCAUGGAUAGCAACUCAUGUAUGUUCUUUAUUACAUUGGACAAACUAGUCAAUCAUGCCACAGAUAUAUUCAAGAAACCUGUGUAC